AGAAAAGACUAAAGAAACAAGGAAACGAAAAAAGAUAAUACGAAAAAAAUGUCGGAGAAUGGAGAGGAAGAAUCGAGUGCGGCUGCUGGUUCCACAACGUUCGAACUUCCCGAGGAAGUUCUUCAAAUCCUACCGUCCGAUCCGUUCGAGCAACUCGACGUGGCCCGCAAGAUCACGUCCAUUGCCCUCUCGACACGUGUCACAGCCCUCCAAUCGGAGUCGUCGGAUCUCCGGGAGAAGCUCGCCGAGAGAGACGGAGCACUCGCCGAGCUCCGGUCUCAGGUCGAGUCGCUCGAAGCUUCUCUCUCCGACGCCUUCGAGAAGCUCUCUCGAGCUGACAGGGAAAAGGAAAGUUUGCUGAGGGAGAACGCUUCACUGUCGAGUACCGUGAGGAAACUGCAGAGAGAUGUGUCAAAGCUCGAGGCAUUCAGGAAGACGCUUAUGCAGUCUCUCCAUGACGACGAAGAAAACGCAGGAGCAACUCAGAUCAUUGCCAAACCAACCCCUAACGACGAUGAUUCUCCAUUGCCACCGUCAAGACAUUCUUCGAUGCGUUCUCAGGCUUCCGAAGCAGUUGAUUCGGCCUCAAAUGACAACGAGACUGACGUGCCUAAACCCGCGUUACCGAGCAGUUUCCCGUUAGUAUCACAGAACAGUACACCACGGCUUACGCCUCAUGGGUCUCCACCGACCUUAUCGGCUUCCGCUACACCGACGAGGACAUCGAGGCCUUUGUCUCCAAAACGUCACGCCAUGUCAUUCUCCACCUCGAGAGGCAUGUACGAUGACAGAUCCUCUUUCUCAGAAGGUGGUUCUCAGACAGGGCGAACUCGGGUUGAUGGGAAAGAAUUCUUCCGUCAAGUCAGGAGCCGUUUGACCUACGAGCAGUUUGGUGCAUUUCUAGCCAACGUGAAGGAACUCAACGCCCACAAACAAACCCGACAAGAGACGCUGGCGAAGGCGGAAGAGAUUUUCGGACCAGAAAACAAGGAUCUUUACCUUGUCUUCGAGGGUUUGAUCACUCGUAACGUUCAUUGACUUUUCUCCCCUCUCUUCCCUCUCUUCCUUUGGUCGUAUACCUACGUACUCUUUACCCUUGUUGUAAUUAUGCUAAUUACUCUCUCCGUUGUAUUUUUCCAUUUGAAUAAACUUUAUUAUCUUAACGUAGAUUAAAUUAUA